CUCAACACAAAGGUCACCAUACCCCUUAUCCACAACAAAACAAACUCCUCCCAACCGCCACUUUGCAGAUAGCUACCGCCGAAAAUGUCUGAAUACUGGAAAUCCACGCCCAAGUACUACUGCAAACAUUGCAAAAUGUACGUAACAGACACCCCCCUCUCUCGGAAAAACCAUGAUGCCUCCUCCAAGCACCAAGGCAGUCUGAAGCGCUUCCUCCGUGAUCUCCACCGGAACAACGAACGCGAGAAAGCCGCUGCCGAAAGUGCCAAACGGGAGGUCGCGCGGCUGAACGCCCUCGCCGGCGGUCCAUCCACCUCUGUAUCGUCCUCAUCAUCUUCCGCCGUCUCGGGACCGCCACCACCUAGGCAGCCUGUAGGAGUCCUCACGGAUGCAGAGAGGAAGCGCCAAAUGAACGAGCUCGAAUCUUUAGGCGUUGCGUUACCGGAUGACUACCGUGCAGAAAUGGCGCUGAUGGGGGAGUGGAAGCCGACCGAGGCAGUGCCCGAUUUGCCCGAGAGGAAAAUGACAGAAAAGGAGAAGGUUCAGGAAGAGAUCCGGCAAGACAUGAAGCGGAAGUUUGAUGAGGAGGAGGCGGAACGGAAGUGGAAGGCGCUGGAUGAGGAUGAGAAGGCUAUCAAGAGCUUUAAGAUCGAGACUAAGUCGUACCCUGGGAUGGAGGAUGAAGGCGAAGGGGGUCUGGAGCAACUACUUAAAUUGGAGGGGGUAGGUAAGGCUAAGGGGGAGGUUCGGAGGAAGCAGGAGGUCAAGCAAGAAGGAGUG